GGGGCAGGAGGAGGAGGAGGAGGAGGAGGAGGAGGAGGAGAAGGAGAGCAGGCAAAAGGAAAAGGGGGCGCGGGCGGCGGUGGCAGUGGCAGCGGGAGCAGCCACUUAAGGCAACGCAGAGGAGGCUGCGCCAGGCAAACAUUCCCUCGCCUUCCUCGCAACAAAGUUGCGGUGCGCGCGCGGGGGAAGCCGGAGCCCCCCUUUGCGAUUUGUGGCCUCCCACGGCUGGAUUCGAACCCAGGACGGGGCCCCUGGAGGGAGCAGAGCGCCAGAAGUGGGGCAGAGGAGGAGGAGGGGGGGAGGGUUCGUCGAGGAGGAGCCGCCGCCGCGGCUUGUGUUCCUUCUGCGUGGAUUUACCGUUUCCCUCUCUGGAUUGUCACCUCUUCUCGGAGCUGGUGGUUUUUGUUUCCCCGCUGUGCGGAUAUCCUACUGGAAGGGAAAGGAAUCAAGAUCGGAAGCUUUGCUGUGACCUCUCCCUCCCGGAUCCGAACUCCAGAUCAAUCGCAGCGUGGCCUUUGGAUCUUUCCAAUUAACUUCUUUUCAUGUAGCGUUCUUUUUUUUCCUUCUUUGCGAGGGAAGCCUUGUCAAGGUCACUUCGUGGAUGCCCCCCUUCUUUUCUGGAUCCCUUUCUUCGCCCGCCCCCUGCUUGGUUCUAACAGAGCACCGCUUUCUUGCCGCGGAGGUCUCUUGGAUUAUAACCCGUUUUGGAUGGUGUCAGCUUGAAAAAAGGAGUCCUUGGGAAAACAGAGAGAAAGAACAAGGCUGGAUUAGUAGGAAGGCGUGUUUUGUUUUUUAAAUCGCUCCGAUCUCGCUUCCGAAGCAAAUCUGGAGGAUUGUUACAAUUGUUGUCGUUUUGGGAAUGGAUGGCAAAAUCAGACAGAGUAGGAAAUCGAGGUCCCAAAGGGACCGCGUGAGGAGAAGAGACCCCAAUGGCAGAGGCCACCCAAACCAGAGUCCUUCCUCGGCGUCGGAGAGGGAAACGAGCCCCGGCAAGGAGAAUACAAGCCAAAAUUGCCCCAAUCCUAAAAGCCAGGCUUCUGCGGCCAGGAACACCAGACCUCCGAGGCGGAGGAGGCGAGAAUCCAGCUCCCAGGAAGAGGAUUUCAUUGAUGGAUUUGCCAUUGCCAGCUUCAGUACCAUGGAAGCCUUAGAGAAGGACAUGUCACUGAAGCCACAGGAAAGAAAGGAAAAAUGGGAGAGACACCCAGGAAAGAAACCUCGAGAAUCUGAACGCUGUGUGUCAGCUGAGCCCAGCGAGAAAGGUCAUAAUAAUGAUGCUGGGAGUUCGGGGAGAGAAACGGAUAGAGGAAAGGAGCGGGUAAAGAAGAAAAUCCCCUUGAAAGUCCACAAGCAGAUGAAGAUCCCUGCAAAGCGGACCAACAGGAACAGUGAGGACGACAGCAUCCGAGAGGCCACCAGCUCCCAGCUCAGCAGCUCAAGGGACUGCCUCAGCGAUUGUGACAGUGAGAGUGACAUUGAUGAUAAGGACAAGUGCGUGGGGACAGCUCCAUUACGCUUUAAACAUGAGAGAAGGAUGGAAGAAGCACACGGGGAUGUGAACCUUGAGUAUGCGAUCUGGACAAUUUAA